AACACCCCCUCUACAAGUGCACACAAUGUCGAAGCCUGUGCUCUAUUCCUUCCAACUCUCUGUUUGGGCUGCCGCUGCAGAGCUUGCCCUUCACGAACUGGAACUUAACGACAAGGUCGAGCUCAAAUUCCUCGAUUUAGUACACGGGGAGAAUUUCAACCCUGAAUUCAUCAAACUUAACCCCAAUGCUACUCUUCCUGCUCUUGUCGCCGACGGGAAGCCAUAUGAUAGCACCAUAACCGUCGUCGACUACCUUGUCAACUACUCAUCGGUCAAAGUAACAAGCCGUACUUCUGUCACCGACACAAUCCACGAGGACAGCAUUGAUCCCAAUUUUGCUCUUCUCGCUGUGCGCGACGAAGCUGAAUUGACUGCCAAGGCUGGUGGAUUCCCGAAGUAUUUCUUAGAAAACCGCGAGGUUGGUAUCAAGAAGUUCGCAAGCACUCCCGAGGCCGCGCCAUUUAAAGCUCUGUUCGAUGCCAAACUAGGGAUCUCUGCCGCCGUGCUUGGUCUCUACAACGGCACUGCUCCAGCCGAGUUCAAGGCUGGCUUCUUCGCGAAAUCACAAGCUCUUUGGACUGCCAUUGAUGCCUAUAUCUACACGACCUUCCCGUCUCAGCUCGCAGCGUCCUCCGGUCCUUUCAUCGCCGGCGAGAAGCCCGGCGAAGAUGACUUCCACGUGGAAGCAUGGUUUGCGCACAUCGCUACGGUACUCGGUGCGAAGUCGGCUGCAGAUGGUCUGGCGGUUCUGGAAAAGAGCUUUGGGAAGGCCAUACCAGAGAACGUUGCAGCCUACUGGAACACCUGGAGCGAAAGGGAAAGUUGGAAGAAGGUGUAUGUUAACAACGGGAGGCAACUUCACUGA